AUGAGUCUGAGCUGGCUAUCCCUCCUCCUUCUCCAAAUCCCAAUCACCCACGCCACAGCAACAGACAUCAACCACAUAAACCCUUUAAUCGGCUCAACAGCCGGUGGUAACGUCUUCGCCGGCGCAAGUCUACCCUACGGCCUCGCCAAACCAGUCGCAGACGUCGACGGCCAGAACACAGGCGGGUUCUCGACGGACGGGAGUAACGUCACUGGAUUCUCGUCCCUGCAUGAUUCCGGCACCGGAGGCAAUCCUUCUCUUGGCGUUUUCCCUUUAUUUCCGCAUCUUUGUGACGGCGGGGAGGGUGGGGUUGCGGAGUGUGGGUUUACGAAGGAAAGGAGGAAGACCGGGUAUAAAUUGGAUAGUGUUCGGGCUGAGCCGGGGUACUUUGGCAUCGAGUUGAACGAUGGGUUCAAGGUUGAUAUGACGGCUGCUAGGAGGACGGCUGUCUAUAGGUUUUCUUUCCCGUCAUCCGGUGAUGGGGUGGCCUCGGUCAAUCCGGUUAUCUCGAUUGAUUUGACGGAUCUGUGGCAGUCAAGGCAAAAUGCGAGUAUCUCCGUUGAUGUGGAGAGUGGUCGUAUCAAGGGCAAUGGGACUUUCCUGCCUAGUUUCGGCGCGGGAUCCUACCAGACGUAUUUCUGUGCUGACUUUGAGGGAGCUCGGGUUAAGGAUGGUGGUGUUUGGGUGAAUGAUCGGGCGGGGAGUGAGCCGAAGGAAUUGUUCGUUACGCGGGGCUUCAAUAACUUCUUCAUCCAGGCUGGUGGGUGGAUGAGUUUUGAGCGACCGGAUGAGGGAGAUGCGAUUACCGCUCGUGUUGGAGUCAGUUUCAUCAGCACCGACCAAGCCUGUUCGAACGCCGAGUCCGAAGUCCCCAAUAUUGAGGGCGAUUUUGAUAAACUCCGGGACCAGGCGAAGAAAGCUUGGGGAGAGAAAUUGAGUCCUAUUAAAGUGAUACCCGGCAAUGGUGUCAGCGACGAUAUGCUAAGUGCAUUCUGGAGUGGAAUUUAUCGAACGAUGCUCUCGCCGCAAGAUAUGACUGGUGAAAAUCCGCUAUGGGAAAGCGAUGAGCCAUAUUUCGACUCUUUCUAUUGUCUUUGGGACGCGUUUCGGGCCCAACACCCCUUCCUCACGAUCGUUGAUCCGCAGGCUCAGUCGCGCAUGGUGCGCAGUUUGCUUGACACGUACAAGCAUGAGGGCUGGUUGCCAGACUGUCGGAUGUCCUUGUGCAAGGGCUGGACGCAGGGCGGGUCUAAUGCUGAUGUCGUUCUUGCGGAUGCUUAUGUGAAGAACAUCACCGGUAUUGACUGGGGACUGGCGUAUAAAGCCAUGGUCAAUGAUGCGGAGAACGAGCCUCUUGAGUGGUCUUAUGAAGGGCGGGGCGGUCUUCAGAGCUGGAAAAGUUUGAAUUAUAUCCCGUUUCUCGAUUUCGAUUACCUUGGUUUCGGGACUAAUUCGCGAAGUAUUUCGCGGACGGUCGAAUAUGCUUACAAUGACUAUUGUUUGUCUGUUGUGGGCAAGGGCAUUGGGAAAGAUGAUCAUACGAAAUAUCUCUCCCGUGCUGGGAAUUGGCGGAAUAUCUACAAGGAGGAUCAGACAUCUUUCCUUGAAAAUGGAACAGAUACAGGUUUCAAGGGAUUCUUUCAACCGAAGUAUAUGAACGGCACUUGGGGUUUCCAGGAUCCUAUCGCAUGCAGUGCCUUGGCAUCGUGGUGCUCGUUGACAUCAAAUCCGUCCGAAACAUUCGAGUCCAGUAUUUGGGAAUAUCUCUUCUACGUACCACACGACAUGGCGAACCUGAUCGAGCUUGUCGGCGGCCCGGAGUCUUUCGUGAAGCGACUGGACUAUUUCCAUGAUUCCGGACUGGCAGAUAUCGGCAACGAGCCCGUCUUCUUAACAGUAUACGAAUAUCACUAUGCAGGCCGACCAGCCCUUUCUACCAGGCGGGCACAUAAUUACAUCCCACGCACAUUUAACGCUACAAACAAUGGCCUCCCCGGAAACGAUGACUCCGGUGCAAUGGGCUCAUUCCUGGCAUGGAGUAUGAUGGGUCUAUUCCCUAAUCCUGGACAAAGCGUUUACCUCAUCAGUCCGCCAUUCUUCAAAGCGGUUGAGAUUACACAUCCCGAGACGAACAAGACAGCUACAAUCCGCAAUGUCAACUUCGAUUCGAGCUAUAAGAAGAUCUUUAUUCAAAGUGCGAAGCUGAAUGGGAAACCUUAUUCUAAGAGCUGGAUUGAUCAUGCGUUUUUCACAGAAGGUAUGACGCUUGAAUUGACCCUUGGCGAGACGGAGAGUGAUUGGGGGACGCGGAAGGACGAUUUGCCUCCUAGUUUGAGUGAUACUGUUGUUCAGGAUAAUAUUUGA